AUGUCGAGUGCGGAUGAUGGUGAACGUGGGGGCACUGCAGCUGCAACUUCGCGCGCAACCUCCGCCGUCCACUCUCCUGCCGACCACUCCCAUCACUCUUCGGCCUCUACAUCACAGCCCUCUUCCACUCUUGACGACACAGAUUUCUCGACCUGGUCCAGCAGCUUGGGUUCUCAUACCGUAAAUACUCAGUCCACCAGCCAGUCGCCCGCCUAUUUGUUCUCGACCGACACCUCCAUUCAUCCCACUGCCAAUUUCCCUCCCCCUACAAAGGUCGCAAAUCCCAGUCUCAGUCCCAACCUGGAUCUCUCCACCCCGGACGCCCUUGCUCGCAAUGAGUCGCUGCUACGGGACGCCGUCUUCCCCGAGUGGAAGGACGAUGCUCAAUCCUCCGUCCUCGACAGUCCUGAAGAGAUGCAGAAGAAGGACCCUCUAGGUACUCAGAUAUGGAAACUGUAUAGCCGGACCAAAUCUCGCCUCCCCAACCAGGAGCGCAUGGAAAAUCUGACUUGGCGGAUGAUGGCUAUGAAUCUUCGUCGUCGAGAGCAACAGCAAGCAGCAGCAAAGCAAGCACCCUUCACGAAUCCCACACCCCCUUCCUCGGCCCCUAGCGGGAUCGCACAGCAGCUCCGCAAGUCAGUGGACAAGUCUGCAGAACUCGAGCACCCCGCAGACCCGAUGAACCUCGACGACUUUAUUGUCCCGAGCUCGGUCGCCUCUCCGGCAGGCAUGACGUCUCCCGCACCGUCAGAGACGGCAGGCCGGCCCAGGACAACGCAGGCACCUCCGAUCCCAAUUGCUUCCCGUAACAAGCCUCAAGUCCAGAUUCCGAAGAAUCUUCCCCCGUCAUCAAUGCCUCAGACCUCGAUCCCGACGCAUCGAACAUCAGAGUUCGAGUACGUCAAGAAGAGAGUCCGCAAGACGAGUAUUGACGAGAGGAGAGGAAACCGCAAGCGUCCCGCUGAAUUCUCUCCUCAAGUACCUCCUUUACCUGCCCCUCAUGCUACAAAUGGUGCCGAAAUGGAUCCUGGUGUGCCCGACUACGCUCUUGAUCAAACAACAGCCGCCCAAUUUUCGGGCCAACCUAGCUUCCAGGGCUCAAUGUCUCUCCAUCUAGAUUCUUUCCACCUUAGUGACGACCCGAUCCUGACAUCUGCUGGACCAUUCCAGCAAAAUUUCGCGUUUUCCCCCGCGGCUUCACCCAUGGUCACUAACGGGCCAUUCUCUAAUGUGUAUACCCAAGCUUCAAUGGGUUCGUCCUUGAACUCAGCGGAUUUUUAUUCCCCUCCUCAAUCCGGCUAUCCUUCUGCUGUUUCAACGCCCCAGCCGGGUCACGAAGCAGACGGUCAAGGGUUUUACUUUGACCAGAGCGGUCACACACGGACCAUGCCUUUCUAUCCACCUCACCGAGGAAACCAUUUGAUGACCCCCGCGGCCCCGCAGUAUGCGUACGGGUCGAACAAUGAGCAAGUGUACUCCCUCAUGAAUGGGGUCCCUUCUGCGCAGGCGGCGAACGGGUUCUCGAUGCAGCAGCACGUCGAUCCUUCCCGAGUGCUGGUUCCGGAAUAUCGACGUGUCUCUCCAGGAGUGUCGGUGGCGGGGAAUGACAAUCUGUUCCAUUUCGGUGCCGAUUCUGACGCAGAAGACGACGAUGCCAACUUUGCAAUGAUCCAAUCCGAGUAUGGUCAGAUUGGUGACCCAACGUUGGACUUGAAUUCGAGUUUGCACUGGGACCCAAACGUUGCUGACUAUGGCAACUUGCAGCGAUUUGGCAGCGCUCCUGGGAAACAGGUGCGAAUUGGAGGAGCGGAAAUGGUCAACUCGCCUCCGGAUUGGAGCUCCUCCAUGCUUAGUCGCACGCAUGGCUCAGCAGCCUCAAUAAGCGACAUCCGGAAUCGGGACCAAGACCCAAGGAGACAGAAGAUUCCCCGGACAACCUCGACCCCAGCCUUAUCUAACCAGCAUAUGCAGUCUACUGGUAGCUCGCCCGGCGAGUCCGGCUUUAGCAGUCGACAGCCAUCCAGACCAGGCAGUCCAGGACCAAAGAACACAGAUCAAAACGGUGUUCCUACGACCUGCACCAACUGUUUUACUCAGACGACACCUCUGUGGCGACGAAACCCCGAGGGCCACCCACUGUGCAAUGCAUGUGGAUUAUUUCUCAAACUGCACGGUGUUGUGCGUCCCUUGUCGCUCAAGACUGAUGUCAUCAAGAAACGUAAUCGUGGGAGUGGAAAUACGGUGCCCAUGGGGUCAGCAGCCACCAGAGCAUCCAAAAAGGCCUCUCGCAAGAAUUCAGUGCAGCAGACCCCGGCAACGACGCCGACGUCUGGCAAUGCUGCAAGCGAGCAAAAUUCGGCCUCCCCGUCUUCUGUGCAAGGCUCUGCACACUCGGGAUCUGCGGUGACAACACCCACGAGCUAUCCACCUGGCACGACAGGAGGAAAACCCGGGGUCGUACCAAUCGCUGCGGCGCCACCCAAGCCGCCUGUCCAGCCUGGUCCCAACAUGGCCAGGCCCGUUCAGGUGACACCGAAACGCCAGAGACGGCAGUCGCGGGCGUCAACGAACACAUUACCCAUAAUAUCCGGUGGCAGUGGUCCGUUAAAUGAGGCGGAAAUGCUCGACGCUAGCCAGUCGACACCCAAGGUCACUCAGGCCCCAGUUACCCGGGCCAAGGCAGCCAGUAUGUCUUCGACCGCAGGGGCCACCACGAUGGCAUCGGUGAUGCAGCAGGGCAGCCUGCUCAACUCCGGUGUGCAGACCAUGGGUGGUGGCCCGCAUGGGAACAGCCAAGAAUGGGAGUGGCUGACUAUGAGUCUGUGA